UACCGAUACCGGGCCGGCUCCCAUUACAGCCAGAGACGGUGUGACUGUAACACAUCUUUAACGUUAGAUGAUGAUGAUAAAGGCAGCACAAAGGCACCAGCCCUGGUUUCUAGCAAGGCUUUUAGUGCAUUCCUCCACAAGCACUGUCCUGUUGUGGCUGAGCGCUUCAGUCCCACUCCGUGGUGCUGGGGAGGCCGGCUUCAAACCCUGGUCUGUGCCCUCCUCAAGUCCAGACCCCCCGUCACUUAUCGCAAUGAGCUGAUCCGUACGGUUGAUGGGGGUCAGAUUUCUCUGGACUGGGUGGACAAUUGGGAGAGUGCAAGCUACCCAGAAUCCUCUACCCGCCCCACAGUACUGAUCCUCCCAGGCCUGACAGGCAACAGCAAGCAGUCAUAUGUGCUCCAUACCAUUAGCCAGGCCACCCGCCGCGGCUACAGAUGUGUGGUCUUCAACAACAGAGGGCUUGGAGGGGAAGAGUUGUUGACGCCUGUCACCUACUGUGCAGCCAAUACCUCAGAUCUAGAGUGUGUGGUGCACCAUGUCAAAGGACUUUACCCACAUGCCCCUGUGCUUGGUGCUGGUGUGUCUAUGGGAGGCAUGUUAUUAUUGAACUACCUGGCCCGUAAGCGUACAGAGUCAGGGAUGGUGGCAGGUUUCACCAUCUCUGUCCCCUGGAAUGCACUGGAGUCCGCUGCCUCAAUGGAAGAACCACUCAACUGGCUGCUCUUCAACAAAUACCUCACGAGCGGCCUGUGUCAUGCUGUUACUAGGCACAGGAAGGUUCUGGAGGAAGUAGCGGACAUUGACUAUGUCUUGAAGGCCCAGACUAUCCGUGAGUUUGACGAACGCUUCACCUCUUUGCUGUUUGGUUAUAAAACUUGUACAGACUAUUACCUUGAUGCCAGCCCAGACAAUAAACUCCCCAAUACAGCAGUACCCAUCUUGUGUCUCAAUGCUGCUGAUGACCCCUUCUCCCCCCAACAUGCCUUCCCGUUGACCACAAUCCAGAGCCUGCCUAACGUUGCUCUGUUGUUGACGGCCCACGGUGGACACAUCGCCUUCAUGGAGGGGUUUUUCCCCCGGGGUGAGAGCUACAUGGAGCGCCUUUUUGGUCAGUUUGUCCAAGCUGCCUUUGAACACCCUAAGGACAUCAAGAAAGCCUGCGGCAUUAGGGAGGAGCAUAAGAGCUGAUCAUCUUUCACCCCGUCACUUUGUACUCUGAACCUGACUGAAUACAAUAAUGAAGAAUAUAAAAGUCACUGGCGUCAUAGCAGUAGAACAGCAAUUUACAAAAAUGAUUGUCCCGCUUUGCAUGCUGUGAUCUUACCACAGAAAAUUGGUCCCCUCCAUGUUUGCACGACUGUAUUUUACCAUCAUAUUACCUCACUGCAAAUAUGCUUAUCUACCUCCUCAUCGUCUCAGGUUCUCCUUUUAUUGGGCAAUCAACAAAGGUUUAAAGAAGUCUAGAACUCAUUUUUUAAGUAGUCAAGAAAUCUUGCAGCCAACUAAUAAGUGAAUGUCUAAUAAUAUUGUAUCAACACAAAAAACAAUAUAUACUAGUAGUACUAAUAUUAGUGUAUGAAUUAAUGAAUGUUAAUUUAAAAUAAAAAAGUCAAUAGACUAAAUAGCUUUUAAUCAUGUUUUUCCCACACGCCGUCCCAAUUGUACUUGGAGCACAAUUACUCCCUGUUAGAAAAUGAGUGCUUGGAUUUUAGGAAGUAUUUGAAAUUUUUAUUUAAAUUAGAACAGUUAUACAGAUAUACUGUUUGUUUUGCCUCAUAAGCUACUUUGGUUUGGUGUAACAUUCCUUUAAGGACUAUACUUCCCCAUGUUUUAGCCUUGCAUGCAUACUUUGCAUACAAUUUCUCAGUUUGUACCAUACAGUGAGGUAAUCCUGCCAACAGUUCAGUUGUCAGAACUGUCGGUCUCAACCUGAAAACAGCCACACACCAGGAAUGAACAUAUCUGCUAUGAAGAAAAGACUUAUGGAAUUGUAAUAUAGAAUUCUCAUCUGAGUUUUUGAUUUUAAAACAAAAUCUCAAAUGUAAAAGUAUUGUAUGCUUGUAUAUGCUUUUGAAGUGUACAGGUCAAAUGUAAAUUAUGCAGUACAUCAAAUGCGACUGAGCAAAAAACAAUGUAAAAAGUACUUGGGGUAUUUACACCUACAGUCAAUAAUUUAAUUAUUGACUGAUUCUGAGUGAUUCUGAAUUUCUAUGUAUUGUAAUCUGCCUUUUGUUUGUCACUGACGCACUUUUUUGUUAAGGUAAUGAGCGAUAGAUAAAAGAAUGUCUGUCACAUAUGUAUUGUGGCCACCUUCAGUCCACAUGAUUAUUUUUGAUAUGUACUUAUAGAAGGUAAUUGUGUAUUUAUAGAAGGUUGUGUGAAUUAGUCAAGAAUCUGUAGGUAGUGUAUCACCAGUAGUGCACUGAUGAUACAAACACCAUUUUAUGAUGCCAAUACUAAGAUAUUUUCCCCCAGAAGCUGUUGCAUAUGUUGCUAAUUGUUGGCUUAUUGCAUUUUAUUUGCUGCUCAGCUGCUUGCAGAUGUUCACCACUUUCACUUGCCUUUGACUGCUGUGAUUUUUUUUUUUUAAUGGACAAAUGUUUAUUUUCUGUUUAAGUUUCACUUCUGUACUACAUGAGCUAUAACCACAAUCACGGUGUGUUUGCACUGUCAAAUAAGAUUCUUACCCUUCACCUGAAAGAACUUUGUGCAUUAUGAACUAUUUGUUUUCUUGUGUAUUGAAUUACACUUGAAUUAAAGAGUGACAAUAU